GGUAGCCUCUGAUCAGACCAUUCAUUGAUCUAUGGGUUCUACAGGGUGGUACUUCGAAAGCUAUCGCGAGAAACUGAACAUUUUUUUAUUUAGUGACUCUUGAAUCUGAUAUUCUGUUUGCUGUAGCCUACAACAAGCCGAGUCAUUAUAUUAUACACUCUUCACACAGUAGCCACAUGGCUAGGGUAGAACUCACACCGCUGAAACCCUGGGACGAUUUCUUCCCAGGUUCCGACCGAUUUGCUAAACCAGACGCGAGAGAUUUACCUAGAUGGAACAACAGGGUUGUCAACAACUUGCUUUAUUAUCAGACAAACUAUUUUGCAAUGGCUAUCAUUGUUUUCCUUAUUGUGGGGUUUCUCAACCCUAUGGGGAUGUUCAUGGGCAUGGCAGUGGUGUCGCUGGUCUUCCUGGGCUCAGUGUGGGCUGGAGAGAAUAAGGCCAUGAUCAAAGACUUUAAGAGGCAGAACCCCACAUUAUUUGUCAUGGCAGUGAUGGUAGCCAGCUACUUUCUUAUGUCUCUCUUCGAUGGUGUCAUGGUGUUCAUGUUUGGGAUCACAUUUCCUAUUCUCUUGAUCUUUGUACAUGCCUCACUUCGACUUCGCAACAUGAAGAAUAAACUGGAGAAUAAGAUAGAGGGGGCGGGGCUGAAGAAGUCACCAAUGGGUAUUCUACUGGAGGCGCUGGGCCAGCAGGAAGAGAGCCUUCAGAAGAUCCAGGAGUUCCUUGAGGGGAAACCCAAGGAAGGAUGAACUCUACACAGAAAACCAACAACACACACGCCACAGUCCCUAUGUUGUCAUAGGUCCCCUAUCACAUCCCUGGCCUCUGAUUAAUGGGAACGCGUUCCUUUGCACACCCCCUUUAAGGUGCAGUCUCAAUGCACUCAAUCAAAGUUGGAUAGAAAUCAUUGUAAUACAUGUUUGAACACUUCAGCUACAAACCGUAUAGCCUAUCUCGCAUGCAGGUAUAUGUGUAUUUGUUGGUUUAUUCUAGAGAACAUGUGUUGAAAACCAAAGCUUUAAUUUUACUUCAGAAUAUUUGUUACUCCACCCAGAACUUGUCAGAACCCUUCUUUCAAGUAGUGAUGACAGCAUCUUGAUACUGGCUCACAUCCUUGCUAUGCAAUGUUGCAAAUUACUAUUCCUUGUUGAAUGUAUUUGUGUGUGUAGGUGGGCAAAUGUUUCCAAAUCCCACAUGCAAUAUUUACACAACCUGUUCAUGCUUUGUGACUUUUGUAAAUAUAACGAGUGAAAGCAUUGUGGUGUUAAAAGCACAUCUGUGACCUGACAGAUUGAGGUCACUUGGUUUGAAAAAAUAAACAAACAGAACUAUGUUUUAUUGUUCCAUGAAUGAAUUCAGUUCUCGCAAAUGAAGCGGUAGUGAAUUAGGUUUUUUAAACGCUGUGGAUUCUCUCUCUGAAGUGUAUACAAACAUUGUAAUGUGAAAAUUCUGAUUUGUGGAGAGUAGAACUUUACUACCUUUAUUUCUAAGCUUUACUACUUUUUUGGUUACCGUCUUCAAAGGAUCUGAAUUAUUUAAUUUAUGCAUAAUUAUUUUCAAAUAAGAGAAUCUGACAGGCUUGCCUAUGAGAGGCUGUGAAAUCACUGUGGAUGAUUAAUUAUUGUGUAAAAUAAAUAUAUCACUGCCAAACUAUUCUGAAGGCAAGAGAGUAUCAAGUGUUUUAUUUUGUACAGGGUGUUUUUCCUCACUAAAUUCGAAGGUGUAUUUAACUGCAACAUUGGAUGGAAAGUAGCCCUACGUUUUACUCUAAUAAAAUGAGAACCAGACUAAAGAACCAA